AUGCUAUUUGCCAAUUUUAUCAUUCCAAUUCCAUCACCUAUUUCACCACGCGUUGACCUCAAGGUUCUCAAAAUUAUACCGGAAGAUUUUAAUGAAAACAGAGAAGUUUACGAGUCUGCAUUAGUGGAAAUGAAUGUUGACGCCGAUUUUACGCCACUUUUCGCUUUUAAUACGCAUUCAAUCUUUGUAUAUUUAAUAGUGGAAUACGAGACACCUACUCAUAUCCGUAAUCAGAUUGUAUUGUGGUCAUUCAUAAUACGAAAUCGUACCUCUGCUGUUCUACAAUUACAUCAAAAGAUGAAUACUUUCAAUGACAUUACUCCAAGUUUCAGAGGUGUGAAUGGAACAUAUAUGAUGGAAUGGGAUAUUAUACCUAAGCUUGGUAUUUUGCGGCACGGCCGCGCACAUCAAGUUGAUGCAAUUGUUACAUUUCCUAAACCGCAUAUGGUCUGGAACCUUGUAAAUAUGUGCUUAAUAAAAUGGCACCAGCAUUUUGCUUAG